AUGCUCGACAAAAAGAAAAUCGGUCUGGAAUACGAUUCUAAGGACACCAGAAAACAAACAGUUAUUGAGCUAAUGACAGACGAACAGCGCAACCAAGAAGCCAAAGAUACAAUAUUUAGUGAAACAACCGAGAAGCUUCUGAACGCAACACGCUAUAACGAGGAUUGGGAGGAAAGACAGUUCCAAAAUCCAGAGAUAUCUGAUAGCGAAGACUCAGAACACUGGCCUAUAAAUGACGAAACAGAUGGGUCUCUCAAAGCCAUCAGCAAGAAGCCAGAUUCAUUGGGUAACAACUGGAUUCGAAUGCCAGGAAGUUUCGACCCACUGAACGAAGAUUACAGGACUCAAUGGAAAGGCCGUAAUCCCAACACGGAGACACUCUCAGAAAUACCGGAAACACCUGACGAAAACUUUCACGAACAGAUACCCAGUCAGGAGGACGCUGGCAGCACUGACUCGGAAGAUAAUCAAAAUGUUGGGAAGACUAUUGUCAAGUUCACUACGACGCGAAGCUUGGACAACAUUUCCUACGACAGCCACGAGGCUACAGUUCUGAACCAGAACGCUCGAGUUAUGGUAGACUCUGAAACAACGGGCAACUUCAUGGAUCCAAGAUUUCAGGAACAGCUGAAGAUCUUAGGGAUAACAAAGGCUACGUUAGAGCCUAUCACAGGACUGAACGGUGAACCAUUGAGAGGAUACCUCACAGUCGAAUCAGGACCAGUACCCAUAGUUAUAAAGGGUCAUUUCGAGUAUAUAAGUUUCGACGUGACACCUUUGGAACGGUAUGACGUGGUGUUGGGAAUCUCAUGGCUUCGGGAUCACAACUCAGAGAUUGAUUGGAAGACAGAGAGUUUUCAAUUCACGAAAUGUGAAUGCCCACGACAAGACCAGAUGAAGAAGGCAUCUGAGGCCAAACGGCGUGCUCAGGGCCAAGCGAGCCGAGCUGACGCUAAGAGAUCAAGGAGUAGAUCUACUAACACGCUAACUGAAGAUGCCGAGCAGGUGGACACUGCGGUCGCAGUUAUGGCAGCAACCAAACCUACGGGAAAGGAAUGGUUAGCACGACUUUCUGGUUGGGCACCAGAUACACGACAAGAGUACGCCAACACGAUGGCUACUACUGAAUAUAACACGGAACUGCACGAACAGAUCGAGUCAUGGCAAAUGAUCGAUACUACAGAAUUAGCGGCCAGCAAAGAAGUACAGCAGUUACCAGACAAAUACGAAAGAUUUCAGGAACUAUUCGAACAACCCGAGAAGCCUGAACUACCAGAACACGGAAAAUAUGACUACCGAAUUCCUCUUAAAGAUGAAGACAAAGUUGCAUGCAGAAAGAUCUACCCUAUGUCAGAAAAGGAGUCUCAGAUCUUGCGACAAUACAUUAAAGAACAACUUGUAAAAGGCUAUAUUAGACUAUCGACAUCACCUGCAGGACACGGAGUCCUGUUCGCACCAAAAAAGGAUGGAAACUUACGAUUAUUGAGAAUCGCCAAAGGAGAAGAAUGGAAAACGGCUUUCAAAACGAAAUACGGACAUUUCGAAUACUUGGUCAUGCCAUUCGGGCUAACUAACGCGCCAGCAUCAUUCCAGCGAUUUAUUAACGAAGUUUUGGGAGAAUUGCUCGACACCUUUGUCAUCGCGUACCUAGACGAUAUUCUGGUAUUUUCGAAUAACGAAGAAGAGCACAUUCGACACGUGAAACAAGUGCUACGGAAACUACGCAUUACUAAGUUACGAUUGAAACUCAAGAAGUGUGAGUUCCAUAUCCAAGAGACAGAGUUCUUAGGACACUGGAUCACUACCGAAGGAAUACACAUGGAAAGAAGCAAAGUCCAGGCAAUCAGGGAUUGGCCUGUACCUAAAAGCCUGAAAGAAGUCCAACAGUUUACCGGAUUGAUCAACUAUUAUCGGAGGUUUAUCGAUAGAUACGCCAAAUCUAUAGUACCGAUAUUUAACUUGUUGAAACAGAAUCAGAAGUUUGAAUGGACAACACAGAUACAGCAAACUUUCGACAAUAUAAAACGGAAAAUCACGACUGCACCAAUCCUAGUACAGCACGAUCCAGAGAAGCUGACUACGAUCGAAACCGACGCAUCCGACUAUACUAUCGGUAUAAGAAUGACACAACCAGAUAAGAACGGCAGAGCCAAACCAAUUGCGUUCCAUUUACGAAAACUUAUUCAGGCAGAAAUGAAUUACGACAUUUAUGACAAAGAAUUGCUAGCCAUAGUAACAGCAUUCAAAGUAUAA